AUGUCGGGAGGUGCUAGUGACAAUGUCCUAUCCCUCACUACCGACGAGUUGAAAGAGAAGAUUGCCGAGGAAGUCGGAAGGGCAAUCGAAGUUAGCCUACCAAGAUUUAUAGAAAGGAUGCAAAACACCCUACUUUCGAUUAUGGAGGAAAAGAUUGGUGAAUUAAGAGAAGACCUUACCAAUGAUAGAGGCAAGGCUAAAGAAAAGAAAGGUUGUUCUUACAACAAGUUUAUGGCGUGUAAACCCCCGAUCUUCAAUGGAGAGGUGGAUCCAAUUUCUUGUCAAAGGUGGAUAAGCGAUAUCGAGGGUGUUUUCGAACGAACGCAUUGUGAUGAAAGUGAUUUCGUGGCUUAUGGAACUGGCCAACUUAGAGGCCAAGCCAAGGAUUGGUGGGAUAACCUCAGAAACGAAAGGGGUGUUGAAGCAAUAAGGGCAAUGACUUGGGAAGAUUUCAAAACACCAUUCCUCAAACAUCAUAGCCCCAAGGCGGUAAUAAAUAAGAUAAAGGAGGAAUUCAUGCAAUUGAGGCAAAAGGGUGAAACCGUUGAUAAAAUUACGGGGAUGUUCAUGGAUAAGCUCAAGUUUUGUGAUGACUUGGUCAAAACUGAAGAACAGAAAAUCUAUUACUAUCACACCAUGCUUAGGGCUGAAUAUAGGGAGUUCAUGACUCCCUCACAUUAUGAAAGCGAUAUAAUCAAUGCGGCGCGGGAACGCGAGAUUGAACUAAAAAGGCAAGUAGAAAGAGGUGAGAGAAGGGCCUUGGAUGAAAACCCGAGUCCUGCAAAGAAGCCAAAGGUAGCUGAAUCUUCGAAGAAAGGAAGUGCAAAAGGAGGUUCUCCGAGUUGCAAAACAUGUGGACGCACUCAUAAAGAUAGGGCAUGGGGUUGCAAAUUGCCCAGAUAA